GGGCGGGGCCUCAAGCGCGCUAUCUCCGCCCCCUGGCGGCCAGCUCAGCGGCGGCAGCGGCGGCGGCUCAGAACAGACCCCGCCCGUCGAGGAGGAGGAGGGAGGGCUGCCAGCGUCGACAUGCUGCUGGAGGAGGUCCGCGCAGGCGACAGGCUAAGCGGGGCCGCGGCCCGAGGCGACGUGCAGGAGGUGCGCCGCCUUCUGCACCGUGAGCUGGUGCACCCCGAUGCCCUGAACCGCUUCGGCAAGACGGCGCUCCAGGUCAUGAUGUUUGGAAGCUCCACCAUUGCGUUGGAACUUCUCAAGCAAGGUGCCAGCCCCAAUGUCCAGGACACCUCCGGCACCACUCCAGCCCAUGAUGCGGCACGCACUGGAUUCCUGGACACCCUGAAGGUUUUGGUAGAGCAUGGUGCUGAUGUCAACGUGCCUGACGGCACCGGGGCACUCCCCAUCCAUCUGGCGGUGCGAGAGGGCCACACCGCUGUGGUCAGCUUCCUGGCUUCUGAGUCUGAUCUCCAUCACAGGGACGCCAGGGGGCUCACACCCCUGGAGCUGGCCCAGGGGAUAGGGGCCCAGGAUCUCAUGGACAUACUGCAGGGGCACUCGGUGGUACUGCUGUGACCCCGGGGCGCCCACUGCAGCAACCAGACCCAACAGGGUUCUAUGUCAAAAGAGGAGGAAAGAAACACUUUCUCCCCUCACUCCUUCUGCCCCCUGUCAAAAGGGGAGGGGCACCAGUUUGUGGCUUGUUGGUGUUGAUUUGUGGGGUGUGUGUGUUUGAGGGACAUUUCUCAUUUGUUUUUCUCACCCCUUUUGAUGUGUUGGGCAGAGAAGGGCUCCUGCAGGCAACAGCCGUCUAAACGGUUCAGUUUUCUCUGCGCCUCAGAUUGCUGGGGCUGCAGACGCCCAAGGGCAGAGCGUUUAAAGCCCCAGCCUGAGUGAGGUCAUCGCUUCCAGGGCUCCUGGAACCUGGCGACCUUGGCUAGCUGUACCCAGAGACAGACCUCAAAUGUGCACACUGCUUUCAAGCAUGGGGGGAGGGGGGAGUGUUUAAAAUCAAUAGAAGGGUAGUAUGAGUUCAUAUUUUGUUGGAAACUUGUUUUUCAGUCUCUUGUACAGCGUUAAAAAAAGAUUCUAUUUAUUAAGCUUUAUGGAAAAAUAUUGUUGUGUGAUAAUUUAAUGUUUUUACCCAUUAAAUUAAGACUUGUGCAUGAUCACAGA